AUGGGUGACAUGGAACCCGAUCUAAAAGGCUCGGCAUGCGCUAUGCAUGAUGACCAAGUCUACUUCGCCAAUGACGCCAAAGUCAAGGAUGCGGAUUCUAGAUUUGUUUUAGAUGCUGAUAUUUUCGAGCAGCAAGCUCGUCUUUCAGCCGUCCAAGAUUCCGAACAAGCGAGCAUCAACACAAUACCUCCUGAAUUAAUUGAUAAGAUUAUGGGCCACCUUACGCCAUGCAUGCGUGCUUGUCUUGGGGUUACUUGCAGAAGAAUGUACAAAACAUUCAAAUAUGUUCAUCCGGAGUUAGUCAACCUAGCUGAAAGACCAGUUAUGGGCGCAGCAUUGAUCAACGAAGUGUGUCUCUCAAGUCUUAUUGAAAUCUGGAUGGGACCUCAAUACCGACGUGGAGUCAUGAUUCCCCAACACUAUCUUCUCCGAACUGUGUAUGGGGACUUACCGCGUAGUCAAAAGGAACGCGACUUAGAAGGCAAAUAUCUUGAUUAUUGGCGAUCCCGUACUGGAAAAGCUUUUGUUCACGGCAAGAAGAGAUCGUUGAUGUGUUUCUUUGUGUAUAGAUUACCAUUACCAAGCCCAUUCAAUAGAGGAGACAUGUGGGAAGAUGAGGCGGUUGCGGUUAUCGAACAGAACCUAAUUAAUUGUUUUUCCACUCGAACCUGGACCAGCCAUUGGGAGAAUUUCUGGAUUUGGCGAAAGCAUUCGACGCAUUUUGCGCAUAUUGGAACCUUGAGAUCUGAGAGGCAGGCGGAGAUAAUAUUAUCUGAUGGGUACUUUACGGAUUGGAUUGAUAUGGUCGGGUUUUGA